CUACUAUUGCCAAAUGAUAGCGCACCUCUUCCACUCUCUAGCCACAGUUUGCACGUGUAUGUGAUCCGAAGUGGAUAUGGCAGCGAACCGGGUCGGGAGGAGAUGUAACAACAAGGUCCAUUCCCCGAGUAGGGGUCCAGGUAGGGACCCGGGGCUUAGCUUGCAGAAGAGGCAAGCACGGGUCACGGUAAAGUACAACAGAAAGGAGCUCCAAAGGCGCUUGGAUGUGGAGAAGUGGAUUGACUGUAGUCUGGACGAGCUCUAUUUGGGCAGGGAGGAGGAGAUGCCGGAGGAGGUGAACAUUGACGGGCUGUUAGACCUGAAGAGUGACGAGGAGAGAACGCACAGGCUCCAGGAAAUGUUUCACACGUGCAAUAACACAGAGGUAAGUGAGGUUUUCAUCAAGGAACUGGUGUUGAAACUCCACGGGCUGCAGAAACAGGAGGACCUCCACAACAAUGGCAUCGAACAACCCCAGCUACACAUCUUCCCCAACAGGCAAAACUCUGCAGACCGAGAGGUGAUCUGAAGGCCGUGUUAUGUUGCCCUUCAACCCCAGAACCCGACUCCCCAUUCCUCCCCAGCCUGAUGCCACGGACCUCAUCUGAAAAACAUGGGGUCUUGCUGGUCUUUACACUGUGCUCUACACACUGUCAAAUACACAUCAAGCAGCUAGCCAGAUCUGACAACUUACCACAAACUUUGCAGACACCUUAUCUUCUGUCCACACACACACACACACACAGCCACAAUGCACAGGCAGUCCUUGCAACAUUUGUACCUCUACGAUGUCAAAUGAGUUCUGUUUUAUUUUUGUUAACGCCGUGUCCGAAACGUUUGAAACCUGCUGCUCUCUGUUGGGUCGCUACCGCUACUUGUGUUCUGUGUGUCCUUGAAUUGCUUUUAUUGGACAACUCAUGAGGGUAUCGACUGUUUGGUCGGUGUGUCUCAUGUUGUGAGAUGCACCUCUGAUUCUGUUUAGCUCAUAAACCAGAACCAAAGAGUCCAGCAAUGUACUGUAUAUACCAAUGUCAGUUGGAAGGUAAUAGAGACUCUAUAGAGCUUUCAUAUACCCCCAAUGGGUUAGUCAACGGUUCCUCGCUAUGAGCAGGUCUACCAUAUUUUCAAACUGCAUCCAGUAACAUGAGACAGUAGCUCAUGAGGUCAACUUGAAGAAAAAGAAGAGAAAACAAAUAUAUAUAUAUAUAUAUAUAUAUAUAUAUACACUGCUCAGAAAAAUAAAGGGAACACUUAAUACAUCCUAGAUCUGAACGAAUGAAAUAUUCUUAUUAAAUACUUUUUUAUUUACAUAGUUGAAUGUGCUGACAACAAAAUCACACAAAUUAUCAAUGGAAAUCAAAUUUAUCAACCCAUAGAGGUCUGGAUUUGGAGUCACACUCAAAAUUAAAUUGGAAAACCACACUACAGGCUGAUCCAACUUUAAUGUAAUGUCCUUAAAACAAGUCAAAAUGAGGCUCGGUAGUGUGUGUGGCCUCCACGUGCCUGUAUGACAUCCCUACAACGCCUGGGCAUGCUCUUGAUGAGGUGGCGGAUGGUCUCCUGAGGGAUCUCCUCCCAGACUUGGACUAAAGCAUCCGCCAACUCCUGGACUGUCUGUGGUGCAACGUGGCAUUGGUGGAUGGAGCGAGACAUGAUGUCCCAGAUGUGCUCAAUUGGAUUCAGGUCUGGGGAACGGGCAGGCCAGUCCAUAGCAUCAAUGCCUUCCUCUUGCAGGAACUGCUGACACACUCCAGCCACAUGAGGUCUAGCAUUGUCUUGCAUUUGGAGGAACCCAGGGCCAACCGCACCAGCAUAUGGUCUCACAAGGGGUCUGAGGAUCUCAGCUCGGUACCUAAUGGCAGUCAGGCUACCUCUGGCGAGCACAUGGAGGGCUGUGCGCCCCCCCCCAAAGAAUGCCACCCCACCCCACCCCACGACUGACCCACCGCCAAACCGGUCAUGCUGGAGGAUGUUGCAGGCAGCAGAACGUUCUCCAUGGCGUCUCCAGACUCUGUCACAUGUGCUCAGUGUGAACCUGCUUUCAUCUGUGAAGAGCACAGGGCGCCAGUGGCGAAUUUGCCAAUCUUGGUGUUCUCUGGCAAAUUCCAAACGUCCUGCACGGUGUUGGGCUGUAAGCACAACCCCCACCUGUGGACGUCGCAUAGGAACUGAGAAGUGGUCUGUGGUCACCACCUGCAGAACCACUCCUUUAUUGGGGGUGUCUUGCUAAAUGCCUAUAAUUUCCACCUGUUGUCUAUUCCAUUUGCACAACAGCAUGUGAAAUUCAUUGUCAAUCAGUGUUGCUUCCUCAGUGGACAGUUUGAUUUCACAGAAGUGUGAUUGACUUGGGAGUUACAUUGUGUUGUUUAAGUGUUCCCUUUAUUUUUUUGAGCAGUAUAUAGAUAUAUAUAUAUUGAAAGGGGGAGAAAUAUUGUUGUGAUAUUCCCAAUGAUUUUAAUGACCAUAUAGAUAAAGCUACAAAGGAUAUUUUUUAUGAAGACCAAGCAGUAUUGCUUGGUAGGUUGUCAACUGCCACUCAAAGAUGGUUUAGACUAGCUAUUAAGGAUGAUUUAAGAUAACAUUUAAGCUGUCAGGAAUACCAGGUAAUUUUAUUUCUUACCAAAAUAUUUGUAUAUCUGUAGAGGAUUUUCAGUCAGCUAAAGGAUAGGAGUACAGUUGGGUUUCUAUGUGCCUCCUCAGGUACACAAUUGUUUUUUUUAGUUUUUUUUUACACGAGUUUCAACACGGUUUGUAAAUGUGUAGAUCUCGGUUGGCUGUAUUGGUUUAAAUACAUUUUGAAUUCAAUGUUUCCCAGAGUAACUUUGAAUCAUUAUCAGCAUAGUGUUUUAUAGAUUAGAGGCUGUAUUUACAUGCUGCUGUACCAUAGAGAAGGCCCGUGUUUAAAAUAAAUAAAAAAUGCUAUGAGUCGUAUUGAUAAACAGCGCCCUCUUCUGGCUAAAUGUACUGAGUUAUUUACAACAACAUUACAUUUUGGCAUGACAGUCUACUCUUUUGACAAACCGGGUGUUUAUUUAAUCCCAUAGGGGUCAACCCAUUUACCAUCAUUGUAAAUCGAUUGCUAUGGUGUGGGCGUUGGUAGAUAGAUAGUAGCCUAUAUGAUGCUAACUGAAGUGUCAGCCCGAGGAUGCAUGUAAUAUCAGAGACGGGUCAGAUUUUUCAAGCACCCAUAACUUUAUCACAGCAAUCCUACAGUAUGAACUCUUGCUCAAACCAAUCCAAUACUAUCUAAUCUGACAGACUGUCAUGGUUCAUUGGAAUAACCUGUAGAUGGCAGGAGAACACAAGUCAACAUUUCCUUUCUCAUUAUAUUAAGUACACCAUAGAGUCAGCUUCAGGAACGUCAUUAGUAAGAUACAACCGCUUACAGAGCAUUAUUAUGGCUACUGUAGUACAUCAUGCCGCAUCUCGUUUUAGCUCAGCAUCAUGCUACGGACGUUAGCCUCUAUUUAACAAUUUUCUGUUGCUCAAAAAACGCUUUGUGUAUGUAUAUGCCUGUUUGUUGCUGAAGCUCCGCUGUUCCACCAGACACAGACCAACCAGGCUCAACACACCUUUGUCUAUGUUUGUGAAGUAAACAUGACACAUUCCACCCGGGCAUUAAGGACUUCUGGUCUGUAUGGUGCACAUUUUAGAAAUGUCUUCGUGUGUCAUGAUCAUCGAAUCAGAUGGACUUGUGAAGUGAACUUUCCCCGUUGACAUGAUGGUUUGGUAUGGGUAUGCAUUUAGACCUUGUAAGGGUCGUUCCCACAAAAUGAUUGCCUUUUGUGUCCCUUUGAUAUUUGAAGUAGAAAUUGUGCACAACUAUUGCAUUUUAAAAGCCUGUUAUAUUAAUAAAUGUGCCCCUUUCCUACGGACUACA